GUGUACCGCUUUAAAAGUAAAUACUUAUAGAAAAUAUUGAUAUUUCUGCAUAACAUUAUUAUGGGUACGUUUUAUCUGUAUAUAAAUUUGUUUAAAAUGGAGAUAAUUAUAAGGUGUUUUUUUUUUUUUUUGCAACAAUUUUAAAAAUUAAUAAAUUGAAUUAAAAUUAAAAUUGUAAACAUGCGACUUACUCACUAGUAAACUAGUCACUAAAAAAUUAAACAAUCUAUCUCGUGUAGUGUGUAUAGUGUAGUAUAGUACUAUUAUAGUAUUUAGUCUAGUUGCUAGCUUUAAAAAGUCUGAGACUUGACUGCACAAAUUAGGCCUAGCUAUUCUCAAACUAUUCUGAUUAUAUGAAUUAUGACUGUAGUUAUUAGAAUAUAAAUAUAGAUUCACACUAAACAGGAUAGGCCUACUCUCAAACUCUAUUAACUAUUACUAUUACUUAAUAGUAUUACUUUUGUUGUUACUAGAACUAAUGUAGAGUGUGUACUUUUUAUUAUUUUGUUCAUUUAAAAGGUUAAAUAAGUGUUAAUUAUAAUAUAUUAUACUACUUUUAGGAUAAGGUCUAAGGACUACUUUUACUUUUACUACUUCUCAAAACAAUGAGAAUAGGCCUACUUGUUCAGUACUUUUUUUUAAUACUGCCAUGCCACAACUUAAACACUUUUUUAUACUAGUACUGCUCGACAGUGACGUCGCUAGGGCUGGUGCUGACUGCCAGUAGAAGACAGACUGAUGCAUGAAAGUGCUACCCCUCCAUGUCCAUAUAUUUAAAAAUUGUAAAUAGUGGUGCCGCUUCAGACCCUCCCCCACGUCCCCAUCCCCCUGCUUCUCGCUGAUUACUACUACUAAUAGAGAUUAGACAAUACUAAGCCCCUUCGGCUUACCCUGUUAAUUUUAUUGAGUAUUAUCAGAAAUGAGUAUAGGCAUUGUUGGUAAAAUUUGAAAUCGUAUUUUACUUUUUAGCCUAGUGAAUGCACUUCAUUUGAAAUGGCCAGCAUAUUUUAUUAAUUUUUUAAUUUGUGUCUGUGUGUGUAUGAAUUGGAUUGACCAGGUCAGAGAACUGUACCACACGAAAGACUGUGAUGCUCUCUCCCCAAACUUAAUAUUGAUAGUCAUAAUGUUAAAUUGCAACGGCAAGGCAUGUACUGAGUAAAUAAAUGCUUACAGCAUGAAAUCUCUGACCAAAUUAGCUUCUGACCUUGAUGGUUGAUGUUUUGUACAUAAGGUUUAUCACCAUCCCAUUGGAUCCAGCUGUUUCCACAUAGUUGGAGAUGAUUAUGCUCUAUAAUGAAUAAGUGAAAUUCAACUGUUUAAUUCCAUUUAAUCAAAAUCUUGCGACACUCCUGUCAAUGUUUUGAGACACCACUUCUAGUUGACAGUUGCUGCCCUACACCUUUCCGCACAGUGGUCUAGAAAGGGUUAAUAUAUGUUUAUUGAGAUAAAACAGUUUCAACUUCAAAGUGAUUCUAAUUUAUCUGCUAGAUUUAAGUCUUAUCUACAUUUUUCUAAUAUUAGUAAAAUUUUAUCUAAGUGUUUUACAUCUUUAUCAUUUUUACUAGGCUGACCAUUUAUUGAGAAGUCAUGCCAGAUUGUGAGACCCAAGACAUUUGGCCCAACAUAUUAUCUUUUCCAUCUUCAAAACCAUUAAAAUUAUCAAAAACUGAAAUAAAAAUAUUACAAAACAUCUGAGCUCUUGAUAAAGUGCUCUGCCCUGUGGAAUGCUCACCAUCAAGUCUCUUCAUGACCGCAUUGCUCAGAUCUAUUAUACACAUGGAUUAUUUUGUGCUAGUCAUCCAUUUGCUACAAUCAUCUCCGUCAUCUUUGUAGUUUUUGUAACAUGGUAAAUAUCACUACAGUGUUAUCUAUAUAUUAUUUAUGCUUGUGGGGUCAGGAGAGGACCAUAUUAGAUUUUGUGUAGAUUGCUGAUGGACUUAAAAAAUAACAAUUACAUUUAUUUUGAAAUAUAAAAAAAUUAAAAAUUAUUAUCAAUUUGUGAACUUUUAUAAUUUAACAAAAAAACAAUUUUUUUUUCCAUCAACCAUAAAUGGAUCUACAUAUUUAAUUGCAAAAAAUGUUAAAUAAAUAACUUUUUCUUAUGGAUGUUAUAAUUUUACUUUUUAUCAGGGAUCAAAUUAAAGUCAGUUAAUAUAUAAAGAUUUUUUUUUUCCUUUAUUCAGUUAUCCAUUGAGCAAUCUACCACUGCCUGGCAACACACCUAUAGAACACAGGACUCCAAAGUUAGGCUUCACACAAGGCAGUAGUUCUCAAGCUUUUUUGCCAGAUGGCACUGUUGAUGAUAAAAAGCCAAGAUGGGUAGGUAGAUGUGUGAUAAGUUUAUAGUGUGCCUAAUGUAAAUUAAAACUGUCUUCUACUUAUGAUUUCAUUUACUUUUAUAGUUAUCUGUUUUAAAAAAAAAUGCUUUCUUCAUCAAUAUUAGUUUGUUGGAGAACCAGUGGCAUAUGUUCAACAAGUUGUGGUCAAGUCUGCAGUAUCACCAUGGUCACAGAAUCUGAUUGCCUCAGAUGCUUUCCGAGGCCCAUUAGCAUCUGUCUUCAAAGUCAUUCAGGAAUUGGAGAGCUUCAAAUAUGAUGAGGGGUAGCUUCUGAUUUUUUUUUUUAUAGUUAAUAGACUUAUUAUUUUAUAAAAAGAGAUACUAAAUCAUUAUUCAGUAUUUUAUUAAUUUAGAUUUUAUGAAAUAUUUAUUGAUAAACUUUUUAAAAUAAUUUCAAUCACACAGCAAUAAGGAGCAAUCGCUGGAUGAACAUUGUUACAGAAUUUCAGAGCCGUUAAAGGCUCGUCAUCUUCGUGAGCUGUUUCCAGAGUAUUCCUGUUUCCUUAUCUCCCCUGCUAAUUUCUGGAGACGGGACAUCAAUAGGUAAAUUAAUGAAAGAGGUGUUUAAUGAUUUUAUGUCAAUAAAGUUGGUUGAAGGAUUCUACAAGGGGCUUUUAGCUGCUUUAAAUGCAUUUAUUUGAUGAAAGCUAAACAGGAGCUGUUCAAAAAUCACUUUGUUACUAUCAAUAGUUGCAGUUAGAUUCAUUUCAUUUAAGUCUGCUGUUCAAACAAAACUUUUUAUUCUGCAGUUUCAACAAUGAUCCAAAUCUGAUGAAAACUGUAUACAAAAAAUUUGGACAAGUUGUGGAAAGCCCUCCAACAGCCAAGGGUAAAUUCUAGGCUUAAUGCUGAUUUAAUAUAUAAAAAACUAAAUUUUACAUUCUCCAUUUUAAUGUUAUGAAAAAUUGUUAUCUUGUUUUGUGUCAGAUCAUUAUAGCUGUUGAACUCAGUCUAAUUGUAAACAUCACACAGAUUUCUAGGCUGAGGCUUGAGACCAAUUGCUCUAGCAUUUCUGGAAACAAUGUUUGGUUCUAACUUUCUGUAUCUUAUGUAGAUCUCUUGUUUGGAAUACCUUGGGGAUACACCGGGAUUACCAGAUACUACAUUCGCAAUCGUCAACGGAUUAUUGGUUACGCUGUUACCAUCAUCUUGAGGAAAUAUGAUCCUAUGUAAGUAUUUUUUGCCAUGAAUUUUAAAUUGUUAGUUGAUAUAUAGACAUUAUAUAUAUCUUUAUCUUAAAAUGCAUAUGAAAAAUUAUAAACAGCUCUCUUAUACUAUUUGCUUAUGUAUGAGGGACUGCUAAGCCAUGUAAAUUAAAUAAAUAGUGGAAAAAAACAUGUAUGGGCUCGGGGGGGGGACAGGAAACAACAAAUUAUUAGAAAUUAAAGAGAUCUCAGUCUCUAUUUAGAAACUAAAUUAUUUGUUGUUUCUUGUUUAAAUUAUUGGUUUGCUUCUUGUCUUGUCUUAACUGAAAUGUCCUUUUAACCCUCCUGAGGCGGCAUAGGUACAAUGAGGGGAAUUGAAAAUGAUAAAAAAUCAUUUAAGAAACAUUUAAAACCUUUUUUGUUUAAAUAGAUUUAAGAAAAACCAGAGCGCAGUGAGCGUGCUAAAGUAGCAUGGAUAUAAAUAUCCAAUCCAUCAAUCAAUCAAAUGUAUUUUGUAUGAAAAUUUUUAGUGUAGUUAUACAUUCUGUGCCGUAUUCAAUAUCACAACAUUAUUUAGGUUGAAUUUUUAAAAUAGUACAAUAGAGCAUUGAUUUUCCGAAUGCUUUUUAUUCAAAAGGUUGGUUAUUCGAAUGGCCCCUAUUUUAUUAUUAUAUUUAUCGCACUCAAUGUCCAUGGCAUUGUAUUAUAUUUUUAUUUUUUAUGCAAAAAUACUGAUAGAAAAGUGCAAACAAAAUAAUUUCCUUUCUUUGACUUUUCAAAAGUAUAUGCAUCACCAGGGGGUCAAGUCCUGGUAGUUUGGGUACUCUCCCAAGAUUUCCCCCUCUUGAAAUUAAAAUAUUUUUUAGCUAAUCGGCAUUUUUAAAAUCAAAGCUCUUCUGUGCUAUAUUACAAUACUUAACCUAAAUGAUGUGUAGAUGCUGAAUACUGUAAAGAAAAUAUACCUGCACUGAAUAUUUUCUUGCAAAAUAUAUAAAGGUACCAUUGUACCCAUGCCGCCUGUUAUGGUUGUAAAAACAACUUGACCACCCAUGUUGGGAAUGGAUGAAAAUUUUGUUCUGAAAUUUGAACUACACAAUCUAACACAAAAAAAUGUAGAGAUGUCAAUAAAUUUUAGGUAUCUACAAAUAGAAAACAGUACUGGUAAUCAUAAUUUAAAAUGCAAAAGUUACAGUUGUACUCAUUUUUUUCUGACAAUUUAUCUUUGUUUUUUUUUAAUAGGUUUAUUUCAAAUCUAUCAAAGAUGCUUGAAGAUCGCCAUCCCAAUACAUUGUACAAUGUCAACAACUCGGAGAUAGAAGAUAUUGUACAUGUUCAUUUCAAGGAUGUGAACUACAUUAUAGAAUAUACCCCACUCCUUGUUAUCUACCUUGUUCUUUUGUUGUAUCUCUACUUUUCUGUAUGUAAGUUGAAGAAUAGACCUAAUCGAUUCUUACUAAACAUUACCAUUUACUAAUGUUACAGGGAAAAUACAAAAUUUCCCCAUGGAUUUAAACUUAACCAUAAAGUGUUUAGAGUUGUAUUAGAAGUGGUAUUACUGAUGGGACAGAUGUUACUGCUUGGAUUAGAGAAGCCUUUGUCCCACAUCAUAUAUAUUUAAUUUCUUAGCAUGGUUUGAUCAAUCAAUAUGGAAUGGACAUGAAACAAAUUAAUUAUGAAAUCUUUAUUAUUUUGAUUAAGUUAGGAAUAAUAAACCCAUGGGACACCUUUGCGUGGUUUGAUUUAGUUAGGAAGAUUAAAAUCAACCCAUGGGACACCUUGCGAAUGAUAUGCGUGGUUUGGACUUCAUUUAUUAAAUAGCGCAGAUGGACAUCUUGGCAUUAUUAUUAUAAUAUUGCUAUGUAAAACCAUGCUCUUUAUUAAUUUAUUUUUAUUUCUGUAAAGAGUCCCUUGCUGCCAUUAUUUUAUUGCCUCAAUUUUUCACUUACCAGAGAGACUCUGUAUAUGAUUUUGUUGGAAGAAAACAUGUAUGUAAUAUUCACCAUACAAGGAAAUCUUAAUAAUGAAAUGAAUUUUUUUUUUUUUUGGAUCUUUUCAGCUAAAAUUGACAUGGUCAAGUCCAAGAUUGGCCUAGCCAUUAGUGCAGUUGUCACAGUCAUAGCCUCCCUCCUUAUGUCUGUCAGUAUUUGCACUCUGUUUGGCAUGACGCCUACUUUGAAUGGAGGGUGAGAUAUUUAUCUUCAUUGUAGCUCAAAUGUUUAAAACAUGAUCUAUGUAAGCAUGUGAUAAUGAUACGUGCAUUUUUUUAAUUUUACACACAGCAGAUGUCAAAGACAAUUUGCUAUUUGUAAGUUUCAGUGAUAGGAAUAGACAUACAGAUAUAUUACCAUUUAAACAUUAAAAAAAAAAAAAAUUAUUGUCAAUAGUUAAAUUUUUUUAUGAUUGCUCUUGCCUUUAUCUUAUGGUGAAUUUGAGACUUUUAAAAAUAGAAAAUCAAGUCAAUGCCCCUUGCUCUCCCCAGUGAAAUUUUUCCCUACCUAGCAGUCAUAGUUGGUGUGGAGAAUGUCCUUGUGAUCACAAAGUCAGUUGUGUCUACACCUGUUCACCUGGAUGUGAAGAUAAGGGUGGCACAAGGUGAGCUGAUCAUUUUAUUUAUUGUAGAAGGAUACACCUUGCAAUUUUAAGGUUGUUUGAGACAGUGUACACAAGAAAGACAAGCCAGUGUACACCAGGAAGACAAGCCAGUGUACGCAAGAAAGACAAGCCAGUGUAGGGGGUGGAGCAUCUCUGUUCAUGUACCAGCUUGUAUUUCUUGUGUACAUGAACAGAGAUGCUCCACCCCCUACACCAGCUUGUAUUUCUUGUGUACAUGAACAGAGAUGCUCCACACCCUACACCAGCUUGUAUUUCUUGUGUACAUGAACAGAGAUGCUCCACCCCCUACACCAGCUUGUAUUUCUUGUGUACAUGAACAGAGAUGCUCCACCCCCUACACCAGCUUGUAUUUCUUGUGUACAUGAACAGAGAUGCUCCACCCCCUACACCAGCUUGUAUUUCUUGUGUACAUGAACAGAGAUGCUCCACCCCCUACACCAGCUUGUAUUUCUUGUGUACAUGAACAGAGAUGCUCCACCCCCUACACCAGCUUGUAUUUCUUGUGUACAUGAACAGAGAUGCUCCACCCCCUACACCAGCUUGUAUUUCUUGUGUACAUGAACAGAGAUGCUCCACCCCCUACACCAGCUUGUAUUUCUUGUGUACAUGAACAGAGAUGCUCCACACCCUACACCAGCUUGUAUUUCUUGUGUACAUGAACAGAGAUGCUCCACCACCUACACCAGCUUGUAUUUCUUGUGUACAUGAUCAGAGAUGCUCCACCCCCUACACCAGCUUGUAUUUCUUGUGUACAUGAACAGAGAUGCUCCACACCCUACACCAGCUUGUAUUUCUUGUGUACAUGAUCAGAGAUGCUCCACACCCUACACCAGCUUGUAUUUCUUGUGUACAUGAACAGAGAUGCUCCACACCCUACACCAGCUUGUAUUUCUUGUGUACAUGAACAGAGAUGCUCCACCCCCUACACCAGCUUGUAUUUCUUGUGUACAUGAACAGAGAUGCUCCACCCCCUACUGUCUGCUCACUUGUUGUGGGGUUUAUGUGAUCUUUUUUAAGGUGACCCAUAUUGAACUAUGUCUGUCAUAUAGACCAAAGUCUGUCAUAUAGAUCUAAGUCUGUCAUUAAGACCUAAGUCUGUCAUAUUUACCUAUAUCUGUCAUAUAGACCUAAGUCUGUCAUAUUUAACUAAUUCUGUCAGAUAUGUAUUAGUCUGUCAUAUUGAACUUUGUCUGUCAAAUUGACUUAAGUCUGUCUUAUAUACCUGAGUCUGUCAUUUUCCUCAGAUGGAAUAAAGGUGUUUUCCCAGUUAAAGAGCUUGCAGGCCUGCUGCUUUUUAAAAAAAAAAAAAACUGUCCCUCAGUAAAUGACAUCAUAAUCUCCUUGGGGAACUUACAACUCUUAUUUUGUGUUUAGCUGAAGUUGGUAUUACCCAAGUAUUAAAUUAAACUGACAUUUGAUGAGGAAAUAAGAGUGUGUUGCUUUCAUUGUCAUUUGUUGUCAUCUUAUGUUUCAGGCUUGAGCAGAGAAGGCUGGUCCAUCACAAAAAACCUGGUCACUGAGCUUGCAAUAGUUUUUGUUGGAUUCUUUACAUUCGCACCAGCGAUACAGGUUAACCUUGUUUACUUUAAAUGUUCGAUGGUGUAAAAUUAAUUGUUCGAAGGUGUAAAAGUAAAAUUAAUUGUUAUGAAUAUUAUUAUAGUUUUAGUGUUUCUUUGAUACAUUUGGAUUGUUUCAAUGAUUGCAUUACUUCAUGUGUGUCUCAAAGGGAGCCGGUGAAUAAUAGUCAACCACCAUUUAAUCAUUAUUUUAAUGUUUGGAUUCUUCACAGGAGUUUUGUGCAUUUGCUUUGGUUGGAUUGCUAUCAGAUUUUUACCUGCAAAUGGCAUUUUUUGCUACAGUUUUAUCUGUAGACAUUCGUAGAAUGGAGGUGAGUUUUAACCUGAGGUUUUCCUAACUUCGGACAUGUUUAAAUUGUAGGUGAGUUUUAGCACAAUUCUGUCGUUCUGAUGAUUUUAUGAACGUUGGUUUCCUUAAUCAAAUAAAAACAAAAAGAGCUUUACUUUUACAGAUGUAUUGAACUUCUUUAUUUGUUGGGAACUAAAAAUAAAUACAUAAAUUCUGUUUGUUAUAUUUGGCUUGAAGGUUCAUGUGCUAGAAAGGUUAAAGGAGAUUGAAUAGAAUUUUAUAUUAUUUGUCAUAGGCUUUGGUUGAGAAAAAGGUCAUUACCAAAAUGCUAUCUCAUUACAGUUGAAAUUACACAGAACUGAUCGUGUAGUUUCUAUGGCAUUUUUUUCUUUGAAAAUAGGCCCUAAUAUAAUUCUUAUUAUGUUUCAAAUCAGCCUCACAAACUUUAAUAAUUCUUCUUUUUUUUAAGUAUGCCAUACAAACUUUAAUUCUUAUUAUGUACAAUCUGCCUUACAAAUUGUAAUUCUUGUUAUGCUUGAAGUCAGCCAUACAAACUUAAAUUAGGGAAAACUCUUCUUGCUAUUUUAAUUGAUCUGAGUGACACUAAAUAACUUGCCUGAAUGAAUUUGUCUGCUGUUGGACCAUAAUAUUUUGUUACAUUUCCUGCACACUGCUAGUUUCUAAUGAUCAGUGUUUUCUGUCAUAGCUGUCAGACUUACAUCGCCAAAGUGUUCAGCAAGCGGUGCAAGAUGACAGCAGCAGUGCGUAUGUCAAUAUCCAGCCACUGGUCCUGUGCCCGGUUGCAUCAAGACAGAAAAGCCAGUCUUCAAGGAGUCAUUCAGUUCCACCCCCCGACCCUAGCCCCCCUCUCCACAUUCCGGUCAGACAGCCAAACCAUAUUUCUCCUCCCCCUUCACCAAACAGACCAGGCCCCCAAGGUCAAGCCUUCUUUAGGUCAUCACCACAGCCCGAGAGGCCCAAAUAUGAAAUGCCCCGUCGUGUUAAGUUUUUUUAUUUCCUGGCAAGGUUUAGAAUAGUUCAAAAAUUGAUAAUGGUAAGCUAAUUUCCUUUCUUCUUGUACAUUUACUAUUUCCAAACUUUUUAUGAACCUUGCAUAAGAACUUUAGGUUGAUAAAAAUAACAUAAUAUGUGAACUAAUGACUCUUGUACUGUUGACAAAUUUAAAAGUUUAGUUAUUUACUUUGUGUGCCUGAAGCUCAAAGUUGAUAAUAGUUUGGCAUUUUCUUUGUUCCCUCGAUUGUAUGCAGUUUUUAAGAGUGCUUAGUGUCUGGUGGAAAUAUUUAAUAUCUUUAAACCCCACCGCCCCACAAUCCCUGGGCACAUCACCUCCAUGCAUGGGCAGGCAAAAGUGUGCUGAAAAUUAUAUUGUUUUAAUUUACUGAUAUUUUACAUGGGGUUUAAAACUGUAGCAACUACAGAAUUAACUAUAGCGUUGUCUACAGUUGAUAACUAGUUGCAGUUGUUGGAUAUGAUGUAUGUGGCGGCUAGUGGCAGCCCAUAGUAAUCAUUUUAUCAUAAACAAAGUCAGUGGGGGGGACUGUUCCUAGGCAAACAUUUCAUCCCAGCUACUCUGCUUGAGAGGGACGUGGGUGGGGGGUACUCUGGAGUGUUUAUGAGCUUAGGCUCGAUGGCCCGCUGCAUUUUACUCCCAAAGUAGAUUAGAUUGGAAAAUCGUCCUAUUCACUUAUAAUAGCUAUAACGUAACAACAUUAAUCCUAAAAAAAUGCUUUUUUUUCCUCUUUCAGUUGUGCACAGUCUUGUGGAUUAUUCUGAUCCUGUACAAGGCUGGCAUUGUGGACAAGUUAACUGGGGAUGACAACAUCAGCUCAGUACCCAAGCCAUUUAAUACUAAACACCUUGGGGAUGUCGGACCCCCGACUGAGUCGAUAAGGUAUUUUAAAUAAAGCCUUUAGAUGGAUGUUGAUGAUGUUAAUAAACAAUAACGGUUAUGGUAAUUAUUGAGUAUAAUAAGAGGGCCAAAAAAAUUAUUUUGACACUAUAUUAAUUUGGUCUACAGUAUGAAACUAGAUGAAAGAAAUGUGGUUAAAGAGUGUAAGAGUUCACAGAGUGUUUUGGUAUAAUGAAUAAUGAUUCAGUCAUAUGCUUAUAUACACCUUGAGCAUUUGUACAUCUCCUACAAGUGUCUUGAAAAUAAUUUGAUGGUUUACUAUUGCUAUCAGACCAGAUGAAGAUGUAGCUUCUCAAAGUGGCAAGUCUUUGAGAGAAGAUGAACAGGAGACAGGACUCGUAGAGCACACAGACUUGGAGCUGUGGAGGAAGCUGUCCAACAAACACUGGCCGACACUAUUUCAUUACUACAACAUCAGUCUCAGCGGAAGGUGAGAUUCAAAGAUAUCAUAUAAGUUUAUUCACUUUAAUUUUCUAAUAUUUUACGUAGUCUGUUAAAAAUGUGUAUCAUGUAUUUCUUUAUAAAAAAUAUUCUGUAAUGUUUCUGGUAAUAAAAUCGACAAUGUAAAGUUAUCUAUUAGCAUAACAUUUUUAAACAAGUCAAUUUCAGAACAUUAAUUGUUUUCUUUAGAUAAAUACCUUUUUGUUAGCCACUCAUAUUUUUUAAUGUAGCACAAUCAUUUCCACUUUUGUAGCCCAUUCAUAUUUUCUAAAGAAGCAGAACCAUUUUUGCUUAUGUAGCACACAAGUAUCACAACCACAACCAUAAUAUGACACAAUUUUUUAGAGCUUUUAGAAUGUCCACCUUUUCACAUCCUUUAAAGCUUUUAGAAUGUCCACCUUUUCAAAUCAUUUAGAGCUUUUAGAAUGUCCACCUUUUCACAUCCUUUAGAGCUUUUAGAAUGUCCACCUUUUCACAUCCUUUAGAGCUUUUAGAAUGUCCACCUUUUCACAUCCUUUAGAGCUUUUAGAAUGUCCAACUUUUCACAUCCUUUAGAGCUUUUAGAAAGUCCACCUUUUCACAUCCUUUAGAGCUUUUAGAAAGUCCACCUUUUCAAAUCAUUUAGAGCUUUUAGAAAGUCCACCUUUUCAAAUCAUUUAGAGCUUUUAGAAAGUCCACCUUUUCAAAUCAUUUAGAGCUUUUAGAAAGUCCACCUUUUCAAAUCAUUUAGAGCUUUUAGAAAGUCCACCUUUUCAAAUCAUUUAGAGCUUUUAGAAAGUCCACCUUUUCAAAUCAUUUAGAGCUUUUAGAAAGUCCACCUUUUCAAAUCAUUUAGAGCUUUUAGAAAGUCCACCUUUUCAAAUCAUUUAGAGCUUUUAGAAUGUCCAGCUUUUCAAAUCAUUUAGAGCUUUUAGAAAGUCCACCUUUUCAAAUCAUUUAGAGCUUUUAGAAAGUCCACCUUUUCAAAUCAUUUAGAGCUUUUAGAAUGUCCAGCUUUUCACAUCCUUUAGAGCUUUUAGAAUGUCCAGCUUUUCACAUCCUUUAGAGCUUUUAGAAUGUCCAGCUUUUCACAUCCUUUAGAGCUUUUAGAAAGUCCACCUUUUCAAAUCAUUUAGAGCUUUUAGAAUGUCCAGCUUUUCACAUCCUUUAGAGCUUUUAGAAAGUCCACCUUUUCAAAUCAUUUAGAGCUUUUAGAAUGUCCAGCUUUUCAUAUCCUUUAGAGCUUUUAGAAAGUCCACCUUUCACAUCGUUGAUUUAACUGUGGAAGUGAUAUUGGUGUUUCAGGUACAUCAGUAUUUUGCCGACUAUCCACCUAUCAGAACUUAUAGAUCCACGUGUGGCCAUUGAAUUGAGGCACCCCACAGAUAAAGAAGCAGCGGCGUCCAGAUCUGCUUUUACCUCUUAUGUUUCAUACAAUGAGGAUCCGCAUGUGGGUAAGUCUGUGGAAGGAGCGCAACGCUUUGGACACAGGUUGCUUCUUCUGAAACUGAGGGACAUAUUUUGGAAAAAAGACUUUAGGUUAUCAAUCCUUUCAAAACAAAUAGUCUUUGUACACUGAUUCCUUACAGCAGUGGUUCUCAACCUGUGUGUCGUGACCCCUUUGUUGGUCGCACGACUAUUUCCUAGGGGUCGCCUAAGACCAUCUGAAAACGCAUAUGCGCUACAGUUAUGAAGUAGCAGCAGAAAUAAUUAUGUGGCCGGGGGUCGCCACAAUAUGAGGAACUGUGUUAAAGGGUCACGGCUUUAGGAAGGUUGUGAACCACUGUCUUAAAGUGUUAAAAUUUAGAAAUUAAUAAGUAAUGAAGAAGUAUCCCCAUUAACAACACAGGAGAAUAUAUGAGAGCUGCCUUGGAGCCAUGUGAAGGAAAUAGUGGAACAAGACAUGUUUAGGCUUGAAAUGAAAAGACAGGACAAUUAAAAGGACUUUUCGGCUAGACCCCUUCUUCAGCAGACGAGAAAAAAAUAAGAAACAAGAAGGAAUUAGAAAACUUGUGUGUGAAGAUUUCAGUGUUGCCAACGAAGUGUUAUGUUAAGUGGUGGAAGCCCUCUAUGUGAAAACCUGCAAACUCUAUGUUUUACCAUAUUCUUUGUAUUGUUUGCCCAAGCUUGAAUCGGUGCACCUGAAAGGUAGUUAGUAUAGAACAAUAAGUGCACGAUCAAUGAAAGAAUUACCUCUACAUGGAUCAAGAUGAUUAAAAUAAAAUCACAUUUAAAAUAAAUGAUUUAAAAAUUAUUGAAAUGUAUAUUUGUUGCAUCAAAGGGAAGCAUUUUCAAGCUACAGCUCAAUUUUUAUCUAGAUGAGUCCCUUCUGAAUCAUUUGUAUAUUACUGAAGUUGUUAUAUAUCAACCCAUUCUAUUAUAUGAUUAUUUAUGAUUAAUCAAAAUGGCUUUAUCGUGUUAAGUUCACUAUCAAAUUGUCCACAGGAGAAAAUGACUCCCAAGAACAAGGAGAAAAUCACUACCGUCAGUUUGACAACUUCUACCCAAAGUCUGAGAGGGAAUAUGUCUACACUGUCAUUCUUUGUUUUCUGACUGUUAUCAUCAUCUCAUACUUCAUGUCUUACCUGUACCGGUGCAUGUGUUCAAGGAACUAUUCACGAUGGCGGCAUUCAUGGGGUCGAGGAGGCCGCAGGCGUUCCAAGGGUUAUUUUAAACAGAUUAAAGAGUCCAUGCCCCUUGUGUUGGCUGGACACAAACAGGUUUGUUUUAUAUGUCACCAUCCACUUAUCUCUGACAUUUAUUGUGAAUUUUAAGUGCAAGCUGUUUUUUUUAAAAUAGGUUUUUGGCAUCCAUCUUGUUCAAUGGUGGUGUAAUUUAAUGGGGGGAUGGUCCCUAGCUUUCGGCAAAGACCUGGGUGAAAUGUACCCAACCCAGCAAGUCAUCUCUUAUUGGGGCAGGGAAAAAAAUAAACUCACCACCCAAAGUCAGAAGGCACCAAUGAACAUGACAUGGGAUUAAAAUUUGUCUUUCUUUUAUGUCCUAAUAAAUUUCAUAUCGAGCACACAAAAAAAGAAUUACUUUUAAAAAUUCUCAAAAUCAUUUUAAAAUGUAAAGUGGUUAAAAAUUUUAUCAUAAUCUUUUUCAUGUUUUCUCUAGAGUAUUGAGUGUUUGCUAGGUGACAAUGGCUUGAUCAUCAGUUGCUGUCUGGGUGGCCAGUUGAAAGUCUGGGACUCCAAUUCAGGGGAGUGUAUAAACACAAUCACCAGGAAAAGGUAAUUGUGACUGAGAAACUAGUAUUUUGUGUUUAGCAGUAAAUAGUGAGAACUUUCAAAAAAUACUUAAAAUUAUUUUUUGUUCUUCAGCAUCACUCCUCAGACGCGAAGGAGACCUUGUGUGGGGCGCAACAUAGAAGACAGUGAUGCAGAUUUGUACGCUGAAUUCCAUGGAAGUAGGAGUUCCUCUGAAACUUCAUUAGCCGAGGGAGGUGGAGGGGAUGGUGUGAGGAUAAGAAAAGGUAAUUCCUCAUGGGCUGAUGCUAGUGGGGGGCGCAGUAAGCGGACAGGGCUCUCUAGGAAAACCAGCCACAGCAUUUACGAGGACCUACGACCUGACCUGGUCUCAACCAUCAACACAGAGUUCUCCUCUAUGGAUCCGCGGGCCCACCAAAGCUCACCCGGUGGUUAUGACUUUAAAAGUUGGUUUGAAGGUCAGUUUUUCCAUGCAUGCAACUCUUUGCUUAAACUUCCUGUCUUGGAAUGCUUUUGUGUUCUUUUUUUUUUUUUUAUGGCUUGUGCAUUUGCAUGCUGGAAGGGGUCGGCUCCCCCCCCCCAUUUUUGUUUUGGUUGUGAGUAAAAUUAAUUAUCCAUUUUUUUUUUUUUUAUUUAUUAGAGUUGAGACAUUGGUGAUGGAUUUCUGUGAAUUAUUAUUUUUUCAGUAUUCAAAAAUUUUUUUGUUUUGAAUGCUUUUGUGUUCUUUUUUUUUUUUUUAUGGCUUGUGCAUUUGCAUGCUGGAAGGGGUCGGCUCCCCCCCCCCAUUUUUGUUUUGGUUGUGAGUAAAAUUAAUUAUCCAUUUUUUAUUUUUUUAUUCAUUAGAGUUGAGACAUUGGUGAUGGAUUUCUGUGAAUUAGUAUUUCUUCAGUAGUCAACAAUUUUUGUGUUUGUGAUUGAUUUGGUUCUCAUUCAGGAACCUGUAUUUGAUUCACUUGUUGUAUUGUUUAUGGUUUAAAAUAAAGUAUCAAUGAAAUGACAACCUUGACCUUCUUACAGGAUUUAUUGAAAGCAUCAAGGGGUUUAGGAACCUUUUUUUUUACUGUGGGGGAAAUUUUAUGGGGGUGGUGUUGACCCUUAUUUAUAUGUAUCAGGUUUCUUACUUUCUGAAGUCGCAAGCAAAUAAUGUUUAUAUAUGUUGCCAUUAUAAAAAAUGUGAAAUGCCACUGCCAGAAACAUGAAUAAAACAUAUUGAAUACUGCACUUCACCAAUUUCCUCCUCUCUGACUCACUGAAUGCUUUUCUUACACUAAUAAAUUCUGAUUGUCCAAUAUCGAUUAAGGAUUUAUAAAUAGAUACUCAAUUUAAUGGAGUCAAUGCAGUUUUUUUGUUUUCCUUAUUAGUAGUUCAGCUGUUAAAAAAAAAAAAAAAAAAUUUUAAAUAAAGAAAUCUGUUUAUAACAAGGCUCAACAUAGUGAAAUAAGAUAAAUUACUUUGAGGGAGCCUACACCAUGCAGUCUUAAACUCUGCAUAAUUCAUCAGUUCAUAUUUUAAUGUUUAAUUUAGAAAAACCACACAUGUAAUAAUGUAAGCAAGUUCAGGAUACUUGGGAAUGAUGUAAAAAGAUUUCUUUGAACAAAUAAUUUGUUUUCCAUUAUUGUUGAAAGUUAUAUUUGUUUGAUUAGAUGAAAUAUAUUGACAAACUUUGCACAACAAAAUGAUUCAUUGCAGGUUUGUAUGAAGAGCAUCGUAGGUUACUAGAAUCAGAAGGUCACACAUAUCCUAACUUGAGAGUGCAGAGUGCCACCGACCUGACAUUGUUGACCAGCCCCCAAGAGAGGACACGUAGCUGGAGUUAUGGUGAGACUAUUUUUUUUUUACCUCUCUUCUACAUAGCACAAAUUGGCAAUAGAGCUUUUCUAACAAAAAUUUUUUUUCAUAGCCAGAUAAAUGGAUGAAUAGGGCACAGCAGUUACUAUGUUGGUAUUUAAAUUUCAUGGAAUGAAGUAGUUUACCUUAUAUCAUCAAGUUAUGAUCAAAAAUUGGUUGGCAAUGCACAUGACUCUAUAAAAAUGGUGUAAGGGUAUAUUCCUCAUUUUAAUUUAAUUUUACACCUCUUGAAUGUUUAAACCUGAGGCAGCUGCCCAUAGGCUGCAUACAAAUUUAGAGUGGAGCUCCUAAGUAGUUUAGUUUUAUCCUGUGUUCACCCAAGUUACACAUUGGAGACAAUCUACAUUUCCUACAUUGUGAAAUGGAACUCACCUGAAUGGACUCACAAGUUGAAUGCUUUGCUGAGGUGUUUUACUGUUGUCAUAAGGUGCUCAAUAAAACUCUCCAUGUUCCAUUGAGAAAGUUUCAGCUUCAGUGUCUCUAAAUCCUCUUUUAUUUUGAAUGCCAACAGGGGAACAAUCCGCUCUAGAUGUUUCAGCAGCUGAUGAAGAUUCAAUGUGUGAGCAGGCAACAUCUGUUUGGUGUCUGGCCAUUAUGCAUGGUCUGAUAGUCACAGGUUGUGGCAACGGGCACAUUGAGAUUUGGGAGGCUGAGUCAGGAGAGUUACGCUUCCACCACGGGACUAGGGAUUGUGGUGUGACGGGACUUUGUGUGGUCGCCAAUAGGUAAUUUUGAAAGAUUAUUUGGAUGUUUAAAUGAAAGGUUUCUCUAAAGAUAUUUAUUUAUGAUACCACUGUUUAAAAUAUGGAUCACCAUCUCCCCAUUGUUGGAGAUGAAGACCUAAUGGUUGAGAUAAUUUAGAAAAUAUAGGGCACUUGGCCUAAAACGCAGCUGUAACAAAGUAACUGUGUAGUAGUAGUAGGCAGUGUAUGACAGCUUCAAUACAAUUGUAUGGCCAUUAUACAAUACUUUAAGUACUAGCAAACAUGUAAAUAUGAUAAAAAAUAUAUAUAUUUAAUGGUAUGCAAGAAUACCUCUACCAUGUCUAGCUUUUGUCUCCCUAAAUUCAAGUUAAAUAAAAAUAAAUGCUGAAUGUUAAAAUUUAACUUAAAGAAAAAUCUUCAUCUCUGUGUUCAAUUAAAUGCCUGUUGUGUUUUUCCCUGAAGGAUUGUUGCGGCCAGACUUGAUGGGACACUAGACUUUCUAGAGAUGGAAACCUUCCAUAAUCCAGUAUUCAACCCAGCCCCAGUCCUGCCUCAACCAUCCAGGCAGAACAGGGGUCAGUAGUAAAAAUUUGACUCAAGAUUAGACUUAACAUUUGAUGACAUCAACUUCUUCUUUGCCUUUUCAGCGCCCAGUGGAGCAUAGGCAGUGAACAAUGUCUUUCCAAGACUUCCAUUUUCUAGCUAUCUUCUCUAAGUCUAACCCUUUCCAACUCUUUUCAGUCUUAGUUGACAUCUUUUACAAUAACUUGGUUUAUGUAAUAUACUUUAGCAGUCAUAAGUAAGAAGCUUAUUAAAUAUUGUGUCCUGACCCACUGAACACGAGAUAAGGGAAUCAACAUUUUUAUUUUCUCAACUCAUUUUUGAUAAUUGUAUAUCAUAGCUGCCUGGUUAAGAUGUAAAUAUUAUUUAAGGUUUAUUUUUUUUUUUUUUAAAUUUUAGGCCAUGCUCGCAACCACAGCACUGGAAGUACAGAUGGUAUCAAAAUGUGGGAUGAGGUUAUUCGAUGUGCUGGGGUGACCACCUGCCGGGCUCAUCAGUUGCCUAUCAAUAUCAUCCAGUGUGCAGGAGGGAGGAUUGUCACAGCAAGCCAAGACCACACCCUCAAAGUAGGCCCAAUUUUUCUUCUAUAAAUGUUGACAUUUCUGGAUUCUACUGAUUUUAUGAUUUACCUAUCAAAAUAAAUACAUGAUUCUGUUUUCUGAUGCUACACAACAGUAGUUUGACAGGGCAGACACAGCAGUAGUUUGACGGGACAGACACAGCAGUAGUUUGAUGGGGGAAGGGGGGGGGGGAUAAACUGAACAAUAACUUCUCCAAUAUUUUGUGUCAACUCUUGUCAAAGUUAGGAAAUCAUUAGUGUUUUAAAAGCCUGGCUUCUUCUAUCAUUAUCUCUCCCUCAAUUACCGUGUGUGCAAAGCUCAGGAAUUUUUUUAUAUUUAUAGUCAAAACAAGUAAAUUAUCAAGUCUUGGUUUAUUGACAUGUGUGUAUAAAAAUAUUAUAUUUGUGACAAGAAAGGGUUUUCUUUCCUCUCCUUAAUUAAGAAUUUAUAAUUAUGCUUAUUGAAAACUAAUUUGACCACCUUUCUAUGUUGUCCAGGUAUUUAGACUUGACAAUGGUCUAUGUUUGUACACAUUACAUGGACAUGAAGCAAGUGUUACAGCCCUGUGCCUGGAUAAAGUUGCUCCUCUGGCAGCAGUGAGUGGCUCCAUGGAUGGGACCGUUCGCAUGUGGGACCUCCUCACUGGGACCUGCGUGCACAAGUUCUCCUGGCAUGAAGCCACGGUCAUGACCCUGACAACAUCCCCACUGUACAUAGUCAGUGUGGGACUGGAUGACAGAAUGUGUGUGUGGGACAGAACCAAGUCCUCACUGAUACACACAAUUGUCCUGGUGGGUUGCACUUUGCCAAUAUUGUAUUUGUCAUUUUUAGUUCAACAGCCAGCAGGUUUUUUUUCAUUUUCAAUGGAUUUUUAUUUUUUAGAAUGCCAAUGCAUUUUUUAUUAAUGCCAAAUUCUGCAAUAUGAAAGGUUUUAAAAACAAUUUGAAAUUUUUAGCGUUACAAUUUCUUAAUUUAAAUAUCAGAUGUAAGGUUCUAUUUUCAAUUUUUUAAACUAAACAGAUGUUUGCAAAAAUUAAUAUCUAUAAAGCACAGUACUUAAGUCAUGUUAAACACUUAAGCUUCUGAGCUCACUUCAUUAAGCCAUAUUUUUUAUAAUUUACUUUUUAUUAUUGGAAUACAUUUGAAAUUUAAAAUGAUCUUUUUAAUCAGUGGUAUUUUUUAAAGAAAUUUACCUUAAUAAGAAACAUUCAGAUUUGUCAUAUUCUUUUAUUGGUUAUGAAUUGUUGUUAAUUUUUUUAAAAUGGUUUCUUAUUCAGAGCUGCUCUUUUUGUUUAAAUCUAAAGACACUUACAUAAACAUGCUCAGUAAUUUUUUUGCUAAAUACUUUUGCUCAAAACUGAGAUUCCUUUUGUUGCUUGCGUCAUUUCAUCACAUUCAGAAAUCAAAUGUAUACAUCAAAUUUUCCUGAGUCUGUGUUAGUGCUGCUGAGUUGGAGGAAAGUUGUUUGAUAUAUUGAAGUUAUAACAGAUAAAAUUUCUUUUUACAGCCCAGUCUAUUUAAAUUUUUAUUUUUCCCAUCCUGCAGAAUUCAGGUGGUGUUGGAAGUGCAGCCCUUAUGUGUCGAAAUCUUAUUGUGACUGGAGGCCCUGUAAGUGGAUUGUCUUUAUUCUCUUAUUCUUAUGGUAAUGUAACUAAUGUAGAGUUUCUUUAAAAAUGGGGCUAAGAAUUUCUUUUUAAAUGAAUCAAAUUUUUUUUUUUUUUCUACAGGGAAGUAUCUCACUCUGGGACAUUGCCAGGGGCACACUGUUAAGGAAAGUUGUUUUUUCUGAUAGUGAGCACAGGGCUUUUGUUAACCAUGUUGUGACUGUAGCCAAUAAUGGUGUGGUUUGUGAUCAGGGUCCGGAACUUAAGGUUGUUUUUUUUCCUACUAUCUUAGAAAAAGCAGAGUAAUGGUUCUUGAUGACCUGAUAACAUGGAGUAGUCAAAGCAGCAUUAGAAAAUUUGUAAUGGUUCCAUAAUAUUAUUUCUUUGGAAGGUGGAGAUGCUUGGAAUGCACUGGAAAUAUAUUUGUGACAUUUUCAGUUAGCUAUACAAAAACAUCAAAUAAUAUAUUCAAUACUUGCAAAUGAAGAAGGCAGGAAAUAUUGCUUUCAAAUUGUGGUUAAUUUCAAGUUAAAUGAAAAGGUUCUUUAGAUUAUUGUGUGCAUUUCUGAAACUGAAGUUUUAAGAUUAUUUAAUUGUGUCCAUCCAGAAAAUGAAAUUUUUAGAUUUUUAUUAUGUCCAUCCUGAAACUGAAGUCUAAAUGCCAGAAUUAGAAACUAGUCCUAUGUCCUAUUUGACCAUUAUAAAGUAAAAAUUGAUCUAUGACAUUUUGGAGGAUGUCACAUGUCGUGACAGUUACAUUUUGACAUUUGUUAAAAGUAAAGACUCUCAUAACUGAGAUGUUGUAUCUUUCAAUUCAUCCAAUGCUUUGCAGAAUGUGAUAUAUUUGUUGUAUUUAUUGAUUGGAAUUGCCACGCAGGCUUGAUCAUCAGUUACAAAAGCAUUUUUUCAUGAUUUUGUGUAUGACGUUAAGAUUUCAUCAACUUUAUAUGUGAUUGGGCAUUUAUAUACUUUGCACAUAAACAUUUAAAUUUAAAAAUGUCCUACUAUGAAAUCACAGUUAUAAAACAUUCACAUGUAGAAGCAUAGCGACCUUGCCUUGUUUUCAUAAUUAAAGCAUCCAUUGUUUCUCUUUGGGAAUGUUUUCAAACUGAUUUUAUGAGUCUUUUGUUUAUAUUUUAUAAUAUCUUAUCUUCUUAGAUGUAACAAACUGUUAGAAGUAGCUCCCUACAAGAAUUAUGUUUGGAAAAUUUGAUUGUUUGUAUUAGUUCUACAUUUUAAAAUUUAAAAAAAUGAGGUUUUUUUUAUGGAAAGUUCAUGUAAGAUUUAGGUCAACAACUACUAAAUGUUUAAUAUUUCCUGUGCAGAUCUAAAAUCAUUAGUUUGAAACUUAUUAAAUACUUAAUGUCCCACAAUUUACUCAGUAAGUCUAAUAUUUUAUGUACAUGUGUCAUGAUUUGCAAUCAGUUAUUGAGUCUACACAAUUUCAUUACUUCCAUAUAGGUGCCCUGAAUAUUUGAAGGAUUAAAUUUUUUUUUUAAUGUUCAGUCCAAAAAGAUCAAUGGUAUUAA